CGGUUGGGUCAGGGUUCACCUCCAGUGCUGAAUGUGAAGACAGUGCGCUGGGUAUAGCCCUGAUCUGCAGCAACCUGGAGCAACAUGAAGAACAGAUUCAACACCAUAGACAUCCGGGCUGUCAUUGCAGAGCUAAAUGACAGUUUACUGGGGAUGAGAGUCAAUAACGUUUAUGAUGUGGACAAUAAAACAUAUCUCAUUCGACUGCAAAAGCCAGAUGCGAAAGCCAUGCUUUUACUGGAAUCUGGCAUACGAAUUCACACUACAGAGUUUGAAUGGCCCAAAAAUAUGAUGCCAUCAGGGUUUGCAAUGAAGUGCCGGAAACAUCUGAAAUCCCGGAGGCUGGUCAGUGUUAAGCAGUUGGGAGUGGACAGGAUUGUGGAUUUCCAAUUUGGUUCAGAUGAAGCGGCUUAUCAUAUCAUUGUGGAAUUAUAUGAUCGGGGCAACAUUGUUCUUACAGACUUCGAAUAUCUCAUUUUGAACAUCCUGAGGUUUCGGACAGACGAAGCCGAUGACGUGAAAUUUGCUGUCCGAGAACGAUAUCCUGUUGAUAACGCCAAACCGACAGAACCGCUCCUUGCCGUAGAAAAAUUAAAAGAGAUUAUCACAAACGGACAAAAAGGGGACCAUCUGAAGAGGGUCCUUAAUCCACACCUACCCUAUGGAGCAACCCUGAUAGAACAUUGUCUUCUAGAAAUGGGCAUGUCUGGCAAUAUCAAGCUUGAGCAGCUUUCAGGAGACUCAGAUUUGGAGAAGGUUCAUGCAGCUUUAAGGAAAGCAGAGGAAUACAUGGCUAUGACGGCAAACUUUCAAGGAAAGGGCUACAUCAUCCAGAAGAGGGAGAAAAAGCCUUGUCUGGAGCCAAAUAAAGAGCCUGAAGACAUUCUCACGAAUGAGGAAUUUCAUCCUUUCCUAUUUGCACAACAUCGUAACAGCCAGUUCGUGGAGUUUGAUUCCUUUGAUAAGGCUGUUGAUGAAUUUUAUUCCAAGUUGGAAGGUCAGAAGAUUGAUUUAAAAGCUCUUCAGCAGGAGAAACAAGCUUUGAAGAAGCUGGAUAAUGUGCGAAGAGAUCAUGAGCAAAGAUUGGACUCCCUUAACCAAGAUCAGGAAAUUGACAAAACCAAGGGAGAGCUGAUCGAGAUGAAUUUGGACAUUGUAGAUCGCGCACUCCAGGUGGUGCGCAGUGCCCUGGCCAAUCAGAUUGACUGGACAGAGAUUGGGACCAUUGUGAAAGAGGCACAAAUCCAAGGAGAUCCUGUUGCUCUUGCCAUCAAAGAACUUAAGCUUCAGAAAAACCAUAUCGUCAUGCUGCUCAAAAACCCGUAUACUUUAUCCGAAGAAGACCAUGAUGACGAUGAAGAGGAAAUCAAGGAAGUUGAAGCGCCCAAAGGAAAGAAGAAAAAAGCAAAGAACAAAGUGCAACCAAAGAAAGUCCAGAAGAACAAGCCAAUGCUGGUGGAGGUGGACCUUGGCCUUUCUGCAUACGCAAAUGCCAAAAAGUAUUAUGAUCACAAGAGACAUGCGGCCAAGAAGACGCAAAAGACGGUAGAAGCGGCAGAAAAGGCAUUCAAAUCUGCGGAGAAGAAAACCAAGCAGACGCUGAAAGAGGUCCAGACAGUGAGCACCAUUCAGAAAGCAAGGAAGGUUUACUGGUUUGAGAAGUUCUUGUGGUUUAUAAGUUCGGAGAACUAUUUGGUGAUCGCAGGAAGGGAUCAGCAACAAAACGAGAUGAUUGUAAAGCGCUAUCUAAGGCCUGGUGACAUUUAUGUCCAUGCCGAUCUCCACGGAGCCACCAGCUGUGUCAUCAAGAACCCCUCAGGGGAAACAGUGCCUCCACGCACGCUGACUGAGGCUGGAACUAUGGCAGUCUGCUACAGCGCCGCCUGGGAUGCACGUGUUAUCACCAGCGCCUGGUGGGUCAAUCACAAUCAGGUUUCAAAGACUGCACCCACAGGAGAGUAUCUGACAACUGGUAGCUUUAUGAUUCGAGGGAAAAAGAACUUCCUUCCACCCUCGUACCUGAUGAUGGGCUUCGGAUUUCUAUUUAAGGUAGACGAGCCUUGCGUUUGGCGACAUAAAGGCGAGCGAAGAGUUAAAGUUCAGGACGAGGAUCUGGAAAGUGUAACAAGUAGUCACACAGAGCUCAUGGCUGAAGAAAAUGAACCUCUGGAGGAAGAGAGUGACAGCAGCAGUAGUGAAGAUGAAAAGAAAGAGGACACAGAAGAGGCCACUCAGAGCUGUGAAUUGGAAAUAAAGUCUGAAUGUCAGACCGAAGACUUCAAUGGGACCCAAAACAUUGUAGAGGCUGAGGAAACACCGCUGUCAGAUGAACAAAGUGACCGUGACAGCCCUCAAUCUACAGAGAAUAACAGCGAGGUGAAGGAGGAGGAUGAUGAGAUCAGCUACCCAGACACUUCCAUAGACCUGUCCCAUCUCCAGUCUAAGAGAACGACAAGCAGAGUGGUUGUUACAGAGUCUACAGGAUCAGACGCAGUGAACGACGGCAAGUCACUUGGGCGUAAACACAUGUCGGCAAAGGAGCGUCGGGAAAUGAAGAAAAAGAAAAGGCCAAAUGAUGCGAAUGAUGCAGAUGAUGAGUCGAUCGAAGAGAAGAGCAAAGAUGAGAAACCAGAAAAUGUUGUUUCUGAUAAUGCACCACAAAGUGCCGCUGCACCACCACUAAUGAAAAGAGGCCAGAAGAGCAAAAUUAAGAAAAUGAAAGAGAAGUACAAAGAUCAGGACGAGGAGGAUCGAGAGCUUAUCAUGCAACUACUGGGUUCUGCAGGAUCAAACAAGGAAGACAAAGUAAAGAAGGGGAAGAAGGGGAAAUCCAAGGAAGAGUCGGGGAAAAAGCAGAAUGCAAAAGGUGGAGGCAAAGGAAACGCUCCAAGGAAGGAUGCUCAAGGUCCGGUGGACAUUUUCCUGACACAUGAUAUUCAAGAGAUGACAAUAGAAGAACAGGACGAGAAGGAGGAGCCAGAUCCAGAUCCAGAUCCCCAGGUGACAGAGGAAGCAGAGAACCUCCUGGAUUCCUUGACCGCACAGCCACAUGUAGAAGACAUUCUCUUGUUCUCUGUUCCAGUGUGUGCGCCGUACACAGCCAUGGCCAAUUAUAAAUAUAAAGUUAAAUUAACUCCAGGAACGCAAAAGAAAGGGAAAGCUGCUAAGACUGCUUUGAAUAGUUUCAUGCAUUCAAAGGAAGCCACAGCCAGGGAAAAGGAUUUACUUCGCAGUGUCAAGGAUACAGACCUAUCACGGAACAUGCCUGGGAAAGUAAAGGUGUCUGCUCCAAACCUGCUGGCUAUGAAAAAGAAAUGAGCAGUGAUGUAAAUAUGGCCCUUCAGUACAUCUUGUAAGCGAAGGACAGUUGCUGCCCUGCCAAUUUUUUUUAUUUAUUUUUUAGUUGCAUGUGACACAUGCUACUUGUUCUUAAGGAAAACUUGCUAAAAUAA